AUGGCGAGCUACCUGUACACCGCCUACCACCCCUACUCCUACCGCUACCCGCCGCCCAAGGGCAAAGGGGGAGCGGCGGGCGGCUGGCGGCCCCGGGGUAGCGGCUACUUCUCGGGCUACGGGGACGCGGCGGCGGCCGCCGAGUACUUCGACAACUACCAGCGGGCGCAGCUGAAGGCCAUCCUGUCCCAGGUCAACCCCAACCUGACGCCGCGGCUCCGCAAGGCCAACACCAAGGAGGUGGGCGUGCAGGUGAACCCGCGGCAGGACGCCUCGGUGCAGUGCUCGCUCGGGCCCCGCACGCUGCUGCGCCGCCGUCCCGGCCCCGCCGCGCCGCGGCCCCGCGAGGCGGAGCAGGAGCUGGGCAGCCCCGCCACCACCAGCACCCGCGCCGUGCGCUUCCCCCGCACCAUUGCCGUCUACUCGCCCAUGGCGUCCCGCAGACUCACCGCCUUCCUGGAGGAGCCGAGCGCGGAGCCGGAGCGGCGGGCGCAGCGGCAGGACAAGGCGGCGGCGGCGGCCGUCGAGGAGGAACCGGCCGCGCUGAGAGAGCAGCGGGAGGCGGAGGCGGCCGCGCUGAGAGAGCAGCGGGAGGCGGAGGCGGCCGCGCUGAGAGAGCAGCGGGAGGCGGAGGCGGCCGCGCUGAGAGAGCAGCGGGAGGCGGAGGCGGCCGCGCUGAGAGAGCAGCGGGAGGCGGAGGCGGCCGCGCUGAGAGAGCAGCGGGAGGCGGAGGCGGCCGCCGUGCGGGCAAGCUGGGAGAAGCCCCCCGAGGGUGGCGCUGAGCCGCUGGAGCAGCGCCCGGCCACCACCCCAGAGCCGCCAGCGGAGACGGAGACGGGCCAGGAGGAGAAGGUAGAGGCGGCAGAGGCAGCGCGGGCAGAGCCGGCGGAGCCGCCGGCCGCACCCCAGAAGCGGGAGCCGUCGGCGGGCAAGACCCGCCUGCGCUUCCAGUUUCUGGAGCAGAAGUACGGGUACUACCACUGCAAGGCCUGCAACAUCCGCUGGGAGAGCGCCUACGUCUGGUGCGUCCAGGGCACCAACAAGGUCUAUUUCCGGCAGUUCUGCCGGACCUGCCAGAAGUCCUACAACCCGUACCGUGUGGAGGAUAUCACCUGCCAGAGCUGCAAGCAGACGCGAUGCACCUGCCCCGUGAAGAUGCGCCACGUGGAUCCCAAGAGGCCUCACCGCCAGGACCUCUGUGGCAGAUGCAAAGGGAAACGCCUCUCCUGCGAUAGCACAUUCAGUUUCAAAUACAUCAUCUGAGUGGGAUAGGGAUUUUUUUGCUUGUUUUGUUCGGGGCUCUUCUAGAAAACUACAAGUAGAGGAGAUUUUUUUUUGUUGUUGCUGGUAUUGUUAAAGAUACUUGGUGAGGUGUAGCUAGGAAAGCAUGAAAAUAAAAGUAUUGCAAAGCAUACUCAAAUGAUCAGGUGGGUUUGUGCUCAGCUCAGAGGGUGUAUAUUGUAAAUCCUGUAACUUGCAUAGGGGAAGAGCCCACAAGUGUUUUGUAAAUAGAUGAUGGUUUUGGAAGCAGCUGACUCAGGACCUUGUAGAAUCUCAGGUGGAUACCGUUUCUGUUACUGCUCCUACUCUUGAACUAAUCAAACACUUGAAGUUAACAUUAAAUCAACAUCUACAGUUGGUAUUAGAGCAUCAUUCAUGAACUAAACACAUAAUAGUAUUCACUUACUGUAUCCACUUCUAGUCCAUGUAGAAAGUAUCCUGCACUUGCUUUUCAUCAUUAGAAAAUGAUUGAGAAAAGCUGUGUAAGAACUAG